UCCAUAGAAAAAAAAAAGUCUACUUUCUUCUUCCACAUUUCUCUCAAUUCUUGAUUUCUCUGUAAAUUCACCAAAAAUUCAUCCAUGGCGAUUCUUCUUCCAUCUUCAAAAUCACCAUAACCCAUUUCUCCAUUCAUUAUGGAGCUCUACUUAAGCGAUUACACUCUCAAUUUCCCCUCAAAUACUAAAAAAUCCCCACACUUACUCUUCUCCAAAACCCCAAAUUACUUCCGCCGGCGCCGGCGCCGGAAUCGGAGUUGUAAGACCCAGAUAUCCUCCUCCGCGAGGGUUUCAGCAGUGGUGGCGGCGCCGGAACAGUCCGGCGGGAAAAUGGUAGUGGAGUUAGUGGGUGCUUUUAAUGAGCUAACUGAAAGAAUGGAUACUAGUGUUCUUUCUACUAGCUCUUCUCGAUUGCUGUUUAAAACUCUUAAAUUGUGUAUUCCGAUUCUUCAGUCACUUCCACUUGCACCCGAUGGCCGAUCUCCGAUAUCGAAAGCUCUAUCUGUUGCUGUCAUUUUAGCUGAUUUGCAGAUGGAUGCUGAAGUUAUAUCCACUGGGCUACUAAGAGAAGUUCUAGAGACAGGUGCUAUAUCAAUAUAUGAUGUGAGGGAUCGGAUUGGUACCAGUACUGCUCAUUUAAUGCAUGAAAGCUUGCGUGUGAAGCAUAUGGCCUUAAAGGUAGAAGUAUUGGAUGAUGAUAGCGCAACUGCAUUGAGGAAAUUUUGUCUGACCUACUAUGAUGUCAGGGCAUUAGUAUUAGACCUGGCUAUCAAGCUCGAUAUGAUGAGACACCUUGAUUAUUUACCUAGGUACCGGCAGCAGAUGAUAGCACUUGAGGUUAUGAAACUACAUGCUCCUCUAGCGCAUGCCAUCGGAACUAACCUAUUAUCUCUUGAACUCGAGGAUCUUUCUUUUAGGUACUUGUUUCCUUACUCAUAUCUAUAUCUUGAUGCAUGGUUGAGAAGUCACGAGUCUGGAAAUAAGCCUCUGAUAGAUAUCUGCAAGGAGCAGCUGCUUCAGUCCCUCAAAUCUGAUCCACCAUUAAAUGAAAUGGUGAGUAAGAUAUCUGUUGAGGGUCGUUAUAAAAGUCGUUAUAGCACCAUGAAGAAACUCUUGAGAGAUGGUCGGAAGCUUGAAGAGGUGAAUGACAUCUUAGGUCUACGAGUUGUAUUGACUCCUAUAUCAGGAGUAGAUGAGUCGGAAAUCGGGGAAAAGGCUUGCUACAGAGCACGUGAAGUUGUCCAAUCUUUGUGGGAAGAGAUACCAAGUAGGUCAAAGGACUAUAUCUUAAGGCCUAAGGCUAAUGGAUAUAGAAGUUUGCACAUGGCUGUUGAUACCAGUGAAAAUGGACGGACUAGACCGCUAAUGGAAAUUCAAAUACGAACAGAAGAAAUGGAUAUGCUAGCAUCUGGAGGGCCAGCAUCUCAUGCAUUGUACAAGGGCGGUGUUACUGAUCCUGAAGAGGCGAGACAUCUAAAGGCAAUCAUGAUCGCUGCAGCAGAGCUUGCAGCAUUGCGUCUUAGAGAUUUUCCUUCGGCGAAUCAAAAAGGUCUGGAAAUUGACAAGAGAGGCAGGGUGUUCCGUCUUCUUGACAAGAAUGGAGAUGGUAAAAUAAGCAUCGACGAACUUAUGGAAGUGAUGGAAGAGCUCGGUGCCCCAGGAGAUGAUGCGCGGGAGAUGAUGCAACUUCUCGAUUCAAACAGUGAUGGUUUUCUGAGCUCAGAUGAAUUUGAUAUAUUUCAGAAUCAGGUUGAAUUCAUCCGGAAUAUAGAAGACAGAGAUGAUCAUUACCAAACACUGUUAAAUGCUAAGCUGCAAUUGGCAAACGACACCGGUUUGAUUCAACUGUACAGUAAAGAGCAAGGUAGUCUGGUAACAAAUUAAAUUAGUAAAUUCUGUUAAAUCUGUGUUCUUUAUGUAUGUAUUUAUUGAAAAGGCCGUGGCGCUAUACUGGGGAUUAUUGAAGCCUCAAAAUAGAUAUCUUUCCAGGGAAAGAUACUUGAUCCCUCUGUAUAAUAGUUAUCUGUGCACGGUCUCAAUCAAAUAUAAUGUAUCUGUAUGUUGUAACAUGUAUCAUUUCUGUACAACUCUUGUACAUAGUGUUUUUAUGAAUAGAAUGUACACAUUUGAGUGAAUAAAUAUACUUGUAGUGUAUCAUUUGAAUUGGAAAA